GCAGAUGACGGCGGCCGUCCGCCAUGUUCGGGAAAAUUAUUUUUUUCCUCUUCUUUCGCCUGGCUUAAGUCGACUAUCGGUGUGCAAGGCCGUGUGAAAGUUGAAUCGAAUGAAUCUGUUGCGCAGUUUCGCGGGCUACACACGAAAACAGCCAAAUUUGAUAAAUUUGAAGAAAUGCCGCAGAAUUCAGUUGCUGCGAAUGGAUUCAUGUAUCGUCGGAUCCGCAGCGGAGCCGACGGUUCCGUCUUUUUCAAAUGUAUGCAAAGAGGAUGUCAAGGCCGUGCUGUAUUAGUUCACACUUCUGCCCACAACCAUGAACGGGACCAACAGCUUUCAGAUGUGAUGGCUUUGAAAAACACUAUAAUGAACAGAUGCAAACUACCCGAAAACACGCCGCUGAAGACAAUUUUUGACGAAGAGUGCGCGAAGUUUAGUGCAGCAGUGGUAGCCCUCGUAUCAUUUUCUCAGAUGAGAUCAGCGAUGCUCAGGGCUAGAAUGUCAAGCUACCCUGCCUCAGCAGCUGACCUUUAAGUGCAGGCUAUGUCAACAUCUUGACUUAUUUGUUUACUUCUCAUCUAACUUUGUGGUGCUGCUAUGCUCUCCGCAUUUCUCUAAUUUUGUGACACUGUCCUAAGAACUUUGGUGUUUUAAAUGCUUUCAUUCGUUGUAUGCUAAGAAAAAGUUCUGCUCUCUGUCGCAGUUUUCUACCUUUCUUUUAUUGUGUUAAUUAUCACUUCUGUAUUUGUCAUGUUUGUCAGUUUGAAUGACGAAAUUUUGAUGAACGCUUUAGCUCAGACAGCAAUGAUCUUGAAGAAUUUUUUGCUGUGAGUUUCUUUAACUACUGUGUUUAGUUAUAUUUGUUUACUUCUCAUCUAACUUUGUGGUGCUGCUAUGCUCUCCGCAUUUCUCUAAUUUUGUGACACUGUCCUAAGAACUUUGGUGUUUUAAAUGCUUUUAUUCGUUGUAUGCUAAGAAAAAGUUCUGCUCUCUGUCGCAGUUUUCUACCUUUCUUUUAUUGUGUUAAUUAUCACUUCUGUAUUUGUCAUGUUUGUCAGUUUGAAUGACGAAAUUUUGAUGAACGCUUUAGCUCAGACAGCAAUGAUCUUGAAGAAUUUUUUGCUGUGAGUUUCUUUAACUACUGUGUUUAGUUAUAUUUGUUUACUUCUCAUCUAACUUUGUGGUGCUGCUAUGCUCUCCGCAUUUCUCUAAUUUUGUGACACUGUCCUAAGAACUUUGGUGUUUUAAAUGCUUUUA